AUGGGGCUCAAUGGUCGGUCGCAGGCGCACUUGGAAAUCAAGCUCUACGAGCGUCAGAUCACUCACCCGCGCUUCGUCCUUCGACAUACGAUCUCGCUCACGAUCACCUUUCUGCUUGGCUGGCUGGGCAUCUCCAACGUGAUUGCGCCGUACUCUUCCACUCCGGCAUCCACGGUGAGUGUCAUCUCGGCUGAGGAAGGAGGGUUGUUCACAUACUAG